AUGGCUUCUCGUAGUGGGCGCGAUUUCAACUGUUCUUGGGAGAAUUGUGGCAAGUCCUUCAAUCGCAAGUCAGAUCUCUGUCGCCAUUAUCGCAUACAUACCAAUGAACGACCUUAUCAUUGUAAUGUCGAGAAUUGCAACAAGAGUUUCAUUCAACGCAGUGCCCUGACUGUGCACUCACGUACCCACACUGGCGAAAAGCCGCAUGUCUGUGACCACGAUGGGUGCCAGAAGGCCUUCUCCGAUUCUUCCAGUUUAGCUCGUCAUCGACGAAUCCACACUGGGAAAAGACCUUAUAUCUGUCAGGAACCAACUUGUGAACGAAGUUUUUGCCGUAAAACCACUCUCACUAAGCAUCAGCAUCGUUCGCACCCUCCUGGCUCCUUGACUCGACCAUCUUCGGAAGAUGCGACCUCGGAACACUCCUAUCAACAUCACACUCCCGUGACGGUAUCCAUACCCAACGGCAAUGACAGUUACCUCAUCGCUCAGCAGCCCUAUUACUCCAACUCGGCGACACCUAAUCAUGAUUUCUAUUCCCCGCCAAGUGUUCAGAUGGGAGGAGUACCAGUACACGAGUCCGCACCGCCGAUCGUCCCACAGAACGUACCCGUCACCUCGUCUAUGAGCCUGCCUCAUGCUCCCCAGCAACAUGCUCCGCCGCACCCACACCCGCAUCCUCACCCGCAACAACAGCAGCAGCAGCAGCAGCAGCAGCAACAAUACAUGCAUAUGAUGCAGCAGCGCUAUGACCCCAAUCCACGAACAAAUUAUCUACCGCCAGAAUACCACCAGCCCCAAUUUCCGGGUCACCAAAUGCCAGAUGGACAGCCCAUGAUGGUGGGAUACCAUCCCAAUUUUCACCAGUACAAACCCCCCCACCCGGAUCUUGAACCAACCGGAGGGGACUGA